AUGACUUUCGGAAGCCUGACCGCGAGGGCUCCGGUUGGCGCCGAGACGCCGGGCUCAGUAUUCGUACAGCAGGUGGAACGGAACUGGAUUGGUUUCGUCGAUCUGAAUGUCUGGCGACCCUUGGCGACGGUGACGAGAGGCCGUCGACGGGUAACUUCGUGGACUAGCGAUGAUCGUGGGCCAUGUGUGAAUGGAGCUGCUUCGCAGAGUAUGCCAGAAUGUUUGCUGCAAGAAUCUGGCACACGAGACAGCGGUGAGAACAGACCGCGAAUUCUGUUGAUCGCGGACUCCUUUAAAAAUCUAGAGAAGAGGAGUGAGAUGCUAGAGUCGGAUCGAUCGCGCCGCGGCUCGGUGGUCGACGAAAGCGGCCGUGAAUUGGAUUUCGUGUCGUGA